UAUGGGGUUUCUCCAGAAGAUCGUCAAGAAUGAUGCGAUGAAGGAGGAUCCCCCCGAGAUCUAUGGAUGGAAAGUUUAUUUUUUAGCUUUCUCANNCAAAUACGGCCUGGAUGGUCUUUCACCUAUUCAGAGAGCCGAUCUCCAAGCGAACAUCGUGUCCACCUUGCAAUGUGGCUGUUUUGCAGGCGCUCUCAUUGCCUCAUAUGUUGCCGAUCGAUUGGGUAGACGCAUGGCUCUUCUUAUUGCCGCCGUGGUCGUCACAAUUGGCUGCAUCUUCCAAGCAGCUGCUAAUGGUCACAUCGCUAUGAUGUAUGUCGGUCGCCUGAUUGCUGGAUUUGGAGUUGGCAAAGCAUCGAUGGUCACUCCUCUGUACAUCUCGGAGAACGCACCUCGAGCCAUUCGUGGUGGUCUUACCGGUAUCUAUCAACUCUUCAUCGCGACUGGUACCAUGCUCGCCUUUUGGGUAAGUCGAUCAUCCUUCCUGCUCUCGGACUCAAAACACUUGCCCGGAGCGACAACAUACAUUGUACCCCUGACCAUGCAAGCUCUGCCAGCCAUCUUACUCUUUGGCUCGAUGUUUUACUGCAAGGAGUCACCAAGAUGGCUAGCACGCAAAGACCGCUGGGACGAAGCUUCUGCAGUCCUAUCGAAUGUCAGAGCACUUCCUUCUUCCCACCCAUAUGUCCAGAUGGAACUUCGUGAGAUGCAGGAGCAACUCGAUCAUGAGAGGGCCUUGAUAGGUGGUGCCUCUUUCAUGGAUUUGAUGAGAGAGAUGUGGACUAUCCCUGGAAACAGAAAGAGAGCUAUCAUCACCAUUUGGCUUAUGAUAACUCAGCAGAUGACCGGCACCAAUGCAAUCAAUUANCUAAUCUUCCAAAACUUGGGAUUGUCUAGUACAGAUGCUGGAUUGUUUGCAACUGGAAUCUAUGGUGUCGUGAGUAUCAUAUCGGGUGGCACAAGAAUGAAACUGAUCGAUGUAUCUAGNGUCAAAAUGACCAUGUGCGCCUGUUUCCUGCUUUUCGCCGCCGAUUCUCUUGGUCGUCGUAGAUCUUUGCUGUGGACGUCCAUCGCUAUGGGCUGUGCCAUGCUCUACGUCGGUCUAUACGUCCGCAUCAAGCCUCCGGUCAAAGGUGCCGCUAUUCCUGGAGCAGGAUACAUGGCACUUGUCUGUAUCUACCUUUUCGCGGGCUUUUUUCAAGCUGGAUGGGGACCGGUCCCGUGGAUCUACAUCUCAGAGAUUCCUACUGCUAGGUUGCGUGGUGUCAAUGUUGCUCUGGGAGCUGCAACUCAAUGGGCAUGUUAUUCCUAUUCUCAAUCAGAUACAAAGCUGACAAGACAACCCAGNCUGUUCAACCUGAUUGUGGCUCGUGCAGUCCCUAACAUGCUAGCCACAAUGGGAAAAGCAGGCUACGGCACUUUUCUAUUCUUCUCUGCAGCCUGUUUCCUUAGCUUCUUGUUUGCCUGGUUCUUCAUCCCGGAGACCAAAGGAUUGUCACUUGAGAGAAUGGAUGACCUCUUCGGCGUCACCGAGCAGGCUAAGAAAAUGGACGAUGAGGAAGGCGGUCACGAUGUACCGCCAACCAAAGACUUCGAAGGCGAGAAGACACAGCACGUGGAAGUAUCGCAAGUCAACAGCAACACAAAGCUU